CAGCGACGCUUGUAGUUGCUCAGAUUUCAGAUCAGCAACAUAUUUCAUAAGCAAUAAAGUAAUAUGGCGUUUGCUAAAACAUACGUGCUAUCGCAGUUCAGCGCCAAAUUUGUAUAUGCUUUAUAUCUCGGUGUUCUAUUGUUAAGCAUCGUCGAUUCUAAAGUGUUCCCAAAUGAGAGGACGUUCGAAAUGCUUCCGCUCAAAAGAUGCCUCAAUACGACAAAUACUCAUAGUUCAUGGUGUGGACAAUAUACUACGUCAAAAUUACUACCACAAAUAUCUAAAAAUACUGAGGAUACGAUCAAAAUGUUUAAUCUUGAUUUGAAGCUUGGAAUUAAUAAGGGUAAAUACGAGAUUACAAAUAGUAAGAAUGCAGGUGUAGCUCAUUACAAUAGUGCGCUUUUAAAUAAUGUAAGUUUACCGACAAAAAAUAGAUUUUUUCAUAAACUGCAAGCGGUUGCCAGUUUUCCGCAGAAUCACAAACACAAACAAUAUUUCCCACGAAUUAUACCAAAUGUUAAUUUAAAAGCAUCAAACUAUUUGGAAGAUAAAUAUUCAGAUGAAUAUAAUAAAAUGUUUCACAUACAACAGAAGUCUAAAAGUCCUAAAUUUGCACACGUGCAAAACACGUAUUUUCCCAAAUACAGGUAUGAUGCAUUAAUGAUAGAUUUAGGUAUAUCAGGAUAUAAACAUUUCGAAAAUGCAGUAAUACGUGAUCUCGAGAAACGAGAAGAACAAAAAGUCGAGGCCACUAUACAUACAUUAUUCGAUAAUACUAAACAUACCUCUGAUAAAAUACAGCCACCGAUUCGAAAACCGCAGAAAAAUAUAACUGCAAUAGCCAUUAUGACAAAUAAUAAAACUGAUAAUACAUACAGCUCUACAAAGCAAGAGUCUAUCAUUAAAUCAAGUAGAUCCAUAACACCUGAAUUAUUUGUUAUAAAUCCCUCUAUGUCAGUAACUAAUACAAAUACUGAUGGAAAUUGUAUUUCAUUUUGUCAAGGUAGGAAAUCAUUACGAAAAUAUUUAUACCAAACACCACAAAAUAUUUCAGAUGAAAAUAUAAUUAUAAAUCAGACAUAUUUUGCGGUAUACAACAAUAAUAAUCAUACUAAGUUAAAAGACCAUAUUUCUAACGAAGCAACAGCAGACCCAUUGAGGGUCCUUCGAAGGCAGAAUCUAGUUGAAUCGGUAGCUACUAUAAAUAUUCCUGACAAGAAAACGCAUGGGUGUCAACAGAGCAAUGUCACUUGUCAUCGAUCAAGCAAAGAACAGAAAAAAUCUCGUUCUAAAUUGAAUUUGCAAAAUAUUUCAAAGAAUAUUAGAAUUGAAGAUCCAUUGUAUGAAAACAAAAAACAUACAAACUAUAUUUCAACUGCCACUGACUUGCAUGUUCUUGAAGAAGAAAAAGAAAAAUCUUUGCCUAAUAUCAAUCGUAAAUCGACAAUGUCGAAAUCUUCAUAUCGGAUAGCACUACAAGAAAACCAUAAAAAAACAUCACCCAGUGUUAAUCGUGGAUCUUUCAAGUUCAUUGAUCAUCUGAGAAACGAACAACUUCAUGUAUAG